GUCCCUGCUGUCUCCAUGGUAACAGCUGUGUUGUUGCUAACUGACUCUCUGCAAUCAGACAUGGAGGAUCAGAAGAAUCUAACUUGUGACUUUUACCGCACCGAUCCAGAUCUGCCGGAGAGAUUCAACAACCCUGAAUUUUUAAACACUUUCAGGGUGAGGAAGACUCAUCCCUUAUAUCGGACCUGGAACCAAACAUAUGGCAGCAAGAAGCCAACAGUUCAUGAGAUGCAGACUGGUUUCAAAGUGAUGUCUCACCACUUCUCGGAACACUACCUGCAGUUCGGGAUGCAUCGCGAUCAGGGCUUCAACACGGCAGUGGACCGCAGCAGGAUCAUGUGUCCCAUGGAAACCCAGAACAAGAGAUACCGGCAGCAGCAUGCGUAUCUGCACGGACACCAGUGCAGAGCGUCCAGCAAUAAAUGACUCUCUGAACGUUU